CCGCCAUAAAACAUUAAAGAAGAAGAAGAGGAAAGAAAAGCGAUAGCGCAGGUUGUUGUUGUCACUGGCUGGCCCGCGCAUUUGUUUGUCUGUCAUCUGAAAUCUCUCUCUGGUGACACAGCAGAUCAUCUCUGUCGAAAUGGAUCCGAGCACGACCAUUCUGCGGGUGAAGAGGAAGAGAGGCACUGAUCCGGCGGACGCGCUGCUUCUGGCCUGUAAGCGGAUCCGUCCGGAGGCCGCAGCGGCUCAGCCCAGCGAUGAGAGCGAACCAGAACCACAGGAGCCCAAGAUAGAGAACUCUGUGUUCAAACUAGUGGCCACCGUGGCAUCACAGGAUGCUCCGGUACAGACACAUGUCCGUGAGGCUCUCGCAUACCCGCGUCUGGCCCAUCACGCCCUUCGUCCAUCACAAGGAAGCACUCAGAGGAUCAUAGGUGAUCUGCGCAGUGUCAAAUGGAGCACCAGGCGAGAGGAACGAUACCGGAUCCUCUCCAGCCACCGGGCAGGACUGCCGACAGAGCCCACUCCCACCAGAGGAGGAGCGGAGACCGAUGACAGCCAAACAAAGAGCCAUGAUGGCUUGCCUUUGGGAGAAGUGCAAGUGUUUGAUAUUUUGCAUGAGGAUGAUUUGAAGACACCUGGCAAGGCUGUGUUGUCUGACCCCGAGACGAUCCUGUGUAAUUCCGUGAAGAUGAUUCGUGAGAAACUGAGUGUGUCUGGAGAUAGGCUGGGUACUAAUCAUCGAGAGAAAGAGGAUGACUAUGUGUAUGACUUGUACUACCAGGAGACUGCCACACCGGGCUGGAUACAAGACAUUCUAUCUGUCAGACCUUACACACAAGAGGGAGAGCUGGUACCUAAUGAGGUGGCCUGGGAGGAAGAAGUGAAUGAAGAUGAGGAUGUUGAAAACUCUGAAAGCAACUGGAGAAAUGACUACCCAGAUGAGAUCAGUGAGGGUGACAGUGAAGCUGAGGAGCGUUAUGGAGGUUGCUGGAGUGAAGAGCACCUGUACAGCAGGAGGAACUGGGAACACUACCAGCGGGACAUGAUGGAAGAGCUAGAGAAUGACGAUGAUGAUGAUGAGGAAAGAGAGUAUUCUGAUUGUGACUGAGUGCCUCUGUGUGUGGUCAUGAGCAUGAGAGAGGCCAUUUUUACUGAUGUGUAUUGAGUGAAGCUUGUAUGUUCUUUUGUCAAAAGUGAAUGUAUGUGGUAGCCCCAUGUGAGUAUAUUUGUGCGGGUUGUUUUGAAUUGUGUGUUAGUGAGAGGAGUGAUGACUAUUUGCGGUUAUUUUGCGAUUGUUAGAUGUGAUGGCGAGAAAAUGGUGUAAUGUUUGUGUAAGCGUGGGGUGCUUUGUGUUGUUUAUGUGUGUAGUGUUUGAACAAUCCAAGGGGUGAAAAAUAAAAUACCUGUAAAUAUG